UCCUUCUCUGUCUCUCUUGUUUUGUCAUCUUCUUGCACUGCACGACUCUUUCUUCUUCUUCUUCUUUGUUAUUAUUUAAUCAUUACUACUCAUUUUCCUUCCCUCUCUCUCUCUCUCUCUCUCUUGUGUUUAUAGUUUCUUUCAAAAUAAUUCUAAUCACAACUAGCAAUUUCUCUUCAUGAUCGUGGUCCUAUAAUUAGCAUGGAUUUUGGUGGCUCUAUGCAAGGUUAUGUGAAGGCUUCUUAUGUGGUCUUUGCUUUCUUCUCUGCCUUCUUCUUUGGUGCCAUAAAAGGCUUAGUUGUGGGUCCUAUUGCUGCUUUGAUACUGAUUAUAGGCAACGUUGGUGUGAUUCUUGGAUUGUUUCCUUGGCAUGUGGCAUGGACCGUAUACACCCUUUUGAAGAUUGAAAUAUUUGAUGCAGCGUUGAAAGUUGCAUUUUUGAUUGCUUUGCCUGCUUUAUUUGGUAUAUGGUUAGGUAUAGGAAUAGCUGGAAGCGUUCUUCUUGGUGUUGGCUAUGGCUUCUUCACUCCAUGGGUUUCAACUUUUGAGGCCUUCAGAUAUGAUAAUGAGUCCAAGAAAUUCUUGCACUGUCUUGUGGAUGGAACCUUGGGAACCAUUAAAGGAAGCUGUACUGUAGUAAGAGAUUUUGCAGAUAUGUGUUACCAUUCGUACCCAAGUUACUUGAAGGAAAUAAGAGAAUCACCUAGUUCAAAUGAGUGUCUGAGACUAAGGUUGAUUCAUGUUCCUGCAUGUAUCAUUGUGGGGAUCAUGGGGCUAAUUGUUGAGAUUCCGCUUUUCACUGCAAUUGCCAUAAUAAAGAGCCCUUUCUUGUUAUUCAAGGGUUGGUUCAGACUCUUGCAUGAUUUAAUUAGCAGAGAAGGUCCAUUCCUUGAAACAGCAUGUGUCCCCAUUGCUGGUUUGACCAUAUUUGUUUGGCCACUCGUUGUCAUUGCCAGCAUUUUGUUGGCCAUUUUCUCAAGCAUCUUUAUUGGACUUUAUGCAUCUGUUAUAGUAUAUCAGGAAAGAUCGUUCCGCCGAGGUUUGGCCUAUGUGAUUGCUAUGGUUGCCGAGUUUGACGAAUACACAAAUGAUUGGCUCUAUCUUCGUGAGGGGACAUUCCUUCCAAAGCCUCAGUAUCGAAAGAAAAUGGUUUCUCAAUCGUCAGAGUUCUCGGUUCGAGGAAAUAAUAGUGUGUCUGGCAGAGUAAAUACUUCUAUGGAGGCACCUGCAAUGUUUAUGCCAAGCUUGGCUCCUUCAAGAUCAGUAAGAGAGACCAUCCAAGAAGUGAAAAUGGUGCAGAUAUGGGGAAAUAUGAUGAGGUACUGUGAGAUGAAAGGGAAGGAAUUAUUGGAUGCUAAUGUAUUAUCACAGAGUGACCUUUAUGAGUGGUUAAGGGGAAAGAAUGGUAAUGAGGCAGCCAUAGUUGGUGUUGGCUUGCCUUGUUAUUCACUUCUACAGACACUCCUCUUCUCCAUCAAGGCCAACUCGAGCGGAGUGUUGCUCCUUGAAGAUUUCGAGAUCACGUAUCUAAACAGGCCGAAGGACAAGCUGUUGGAUUGGUUCUUCAAUCCUGUGAUGGUCCUGAAGGAGCAGAUAAGGGUGAUUACAUUGGUGGAAGAUGAAGUGAGGUACUUGGAGAAAGUUGUUCUCUUUGGAAGCAACAAGCAAAGGUUGGAGGCUUGGGAUAAUGGCGGUUUGGUGAUUACUGAUGCUCUUAGAGCUGCUCAAAUUGAGGGGAUUUCCAGAAGGAUGAUUGGAAUGAUAAGGAGUGUAUCAAAGUUUCCAACUUACAGAAGGAAGUUUCGGCACGUUGUUAAAACCUUAGUUGCUCACUCUCUGGAGAAGGAUGCUUCUGAAACUGCUUUAGUUAGCUGUUAUGUGGAGAAAGAUGUUGCUGAAAAGGCUUUAGUGAUUCAUUCUUUGGAAAAAGAUAUUGCUGGACCUGGAAGAUCAACCAGGUCUAUAGUAUCAGUUCCCUCAGAUGACAAUGUUUAAAAAUUAACAGAGACAAUUUUAUUCCUUUCUUUUUUCUUUUAGAUUGUUGUCAAUGAAUCGUUGUAAAUUGCUAUAGAUUGGGUUGAUUGAUUUCUAUUAAAGAAGAGAUCAUUGAGAUUGAAAUUCAUUACAGAUUGAAGAUAUGUUUUCUUUUGUUACUUUGAGAACCAAUUUGGCUUCAAAGGGAACAGUUUAAACUGAACUAAGUUUGUGAGUAAGUGUGUAAGUCAAAUUAAUGAAACUGGGAAUAGAGCAUGGAAUAUUUAUCAA